AUGGACCAUCAGGGCGCAGGUUUCGCCUUUGACAUGAACAUGGACUUCAGCAACAUGUUUGCGACGCCGCAGCAACAACAGGCGUACACGCCAGCGGAUAAUACUUCUGGCUUCCUUUUCGCUGACGAGGGUAUCGAUACUUCCGCAUCAACAUCUUUCAUUGAUCCAACCGUAUUCGAUAAUACCCCUCAGCAGAGCACCUUUGACAUGCAACACAGUCUUACCUUGGAUGACACCUCGGCGACCCCAGCAUGGAAUACGCAGCUCACGCCUGAAAUGCAACUGCAACACAUCGCGAAAUCAUUUCCACCUACACCACUACAAUCUUUUGAUGCCAUGCCCACGCAAUUCAAUGCGCUCGGCAAGCGCCCACUCCAGCUUGACAUGCACGACUACCCUCAGUCAAAGCGUCACGCAAGCUUUGAUUUCCCUUUGUUCCCCACACCUCCUGCGACAACCACGUCCAGCUGGGGUCUGGAUCCCAUCCCCUCCGCGGCAGUAGACGGACUUCCAGAUGAAGCAGCCGACGUCUGCGCGACAUGGUUCAACAAAUACAAUGUACUGCCAAGUGACAGGCAUAUCGAUUCCUUGAGCCAGCUCACCGGAGAACCAGCAGAUUCAAUCCGAAGCUGGUUCAGUCAGCUAUUGAAGCAGGGCAUGGGUGGCAGCCAAAGCGAUUCAGCCUAUAAGUCUCAAACAGCACUCAUCCAACAAGAACAGCAACAAAAGCAACACGAAUCCUUUUGGGAUGAUCACACGUACCAGACAGAGCUUCCGGGAGCAUACAACGCCUAUGGGAGCGUUGUACAGCCAACACUCGGAGAGACGUCUACUGCCGGCUCGUCACCAAAUCGCGACAACGCUACCGUCGCCGUCCCGGUAGUCUCCACACGGGGUAGCAAGAAGCGAUGCUGCCCUACCGAAGACCUAGAGUUGCUCGGUAGAGACCCCAGGAAAAUCUACCAGUGCACAAGGAAGUGCGGCAAGCGGUAUGGCCGUAAGAACGACUGGAAGAGGAAUGAAGAGGAGGGCUACCCUUGCAAAUCAUGGGUGUGCAGCCUGUGUACGUUUGAGGGGGUCGAGAACGUCAAGCCAUGUUAUCGAAAGUACCACUUUGUCCAGCAUUUCCGAAACAUCCACCCGGAGAUGAACCCUGAAGACUUUGAUGAGGCUAGUACCGUGAUCUCUGAGACUGAAUUCCCACGCAAAUGCGGGUUCUGUAGACACCGCUUCGAAUCCAGACAGGAACGUAUAGACCACAUUGCCGACCACUUCAAGCAAGGCAAGUGUAUGCUUGACUGGCGUGACGAGGAAGACAACGACAGCCACGAUUCUGCGGACGAUGACAACGACGACGGACCAAGCGAUGACGGCUUUGGUGGCAAGCCUUCUCCUGACUCGCCGUUAGAUCCACGGGGUGGUAGUAGCUCCAAAUACUCUGGCAACGGUGGCAGCGGCAGCAGUUCUGCAGGCCCGCCAUCCAACGGCGGAUUCUUCCAAUUCCAGCUCUCACAACUCGGUGAGAGCCAGUUGGAUUGUGCGGACCAACAUAUCAAACCCACUAUACUUUCGCCGAACAUCUCUCAGUCAUCGAUCUCACUACCUGAGUCGAACACGUCAGGCUCGUCGCGCAGUGUGUCGACUGUUGCGAACUCCCUGCGAGAUGGCCGCAUUAGAGCAGAGGAGCAUGACAAGGAUCAUUUGGCCGGAGAUGUCCUCGCCCAGUCCGUAAAGAAGGAGCUCCUGACCUCAUCCAUGGAUGAUAGGACAGAUAGUAGUCUGUUGGAACAUCCUCACUGGAAGCAUUCCAGAGCCGAUAUAGGUGCUGAGGCUCGAAGUUCGCCUACCCUGUCUCGUACUAAACCAGAAGACCAAAACAUCCUGGGUGCCAUCAAGGCCAACAUUGGUCACGGAGGGGCUGUUUCUGGUACCAACUCUUUGAUCAAAGCAUUGAUGAUGAUCCACAAGACCGCCCCUAAGGAUCUUGGCCAGCGUCAUGUUCAAAUGACUCCUGAAGCCGGCAACAUCACGAAGGACCAGACAACCUUCAAUGUCGCACAGGGCAAAGCCAUGGAAUACAAGAUGGGCUCCGUAUCCGCCUCGCUCAACACGGGUACGACGACAUCCAUACAAGACAACAUGUCGAUGAUACCGACGAAGAAUGGGCGACCUCCUUUGUCAUCGAUAUCGCUAGCUUCGAAGACGUCCUUCCUCAGUGUCAAACUACUAGGCUCAGGAGGCUUCAGUACAGUCGAUGAGGUUGUGCAUCAACAAACGGGACUACACGUUAGUCGCAAGACACUCAAGAAUCGUAACCAGACGGCAAUUGAGGAGCUGAAGAAGGAAGUGAGCGUUCUCCAGAAGUUACGACACCCUCAUAUAAUUCGCCUUAUCGGAACCUAUGCAAAGGGCGACAAGAUGUCGAUGCUCCUCUCACCCGUUGCGGAUACAACACUUGCAGUAUGGCUGGAGCAAUCAGCGUCGAAGAAGCCUGCCAAUCUGUCAGAGACUAUUGUCAAGAUGUUUGGCUGUCUCGCCUCUUCAGUAAGGUAUCUUCACGAGCAACGACCCGUUGUUAAGCACAUGGAUAUCAAGCCCCAGAAUAUCUUGAUCGUGGAAAGCGGCCAAGAAUUCCCUCACGUGGUACUAAGCGACUUCGGUGUCAGCUCUGCAGAAGAGGUUGGUGACGACCAAUACAAGCCGCUAACGCGCCAAUACAUCGCCCCUGAAGUCUUUGAGGGCUUCACUCGCAAGCAGGCAGCCGACAUAUGGAGUCUUGGCUGCGUCUUUGCGGAGAUGGCAUCCUUUUCAUUUAGUCGAGGCAACAUGGGAUGGUCAGCCUUCCGCAAGGCAUUUAGUGGGCGCACUGGCAAGCAUUAUUGGCAGGACGUAUCUGGUAUACAAGACAAGCUCGCCAUAUUCCUCGCGGAGGCGAAGACCACAACAGAGCAGACUGUCAUUCGCACGCUUCAGAGCAUGCUGAAUGCUGAUCCAGACGAGCGGCCAGACGUAGGAGCAUUGACUAUGAUCUUCACUCCCGCACCAUGCUGUCUCAACUGGCCCAACGACAAGGCGACCUUCCCUAGCCCACAAGAGGAGCUUGGUGGGGUAGAGAUGCUCGCUCACCAAGGCGACAUUGAUACUUACGACCAUUCUCACGGCCAUGGUAGAAACACGGAGUCGGACGCCAACCUCUCGAAUGCAAAGAUUUGGCUGGACGAAUGUUCAUGCACGCACGAAGCCUGUCGUCACACAGCAACACAAGGCGCCAGCACACUACCGACACGUCUGAUCGAGAUCCUUCCUGGUGACAAGAAUGGAAUUCGCGCGAGAAUUAUUCAGACCAAUUGCUUCGAAUCAACCAACGACGAGGUGGAUUACGUGGCAUUAAGUCACGUCUGGAGCCACAUACAGCCGCUACUCUCUAGCGAUACACUAUCGACCAUGCAGGCUCGACUACCACUACAAACACUUCCGACCGCAGUCGCGGAUGCGAUCACGACAACACAAGGUCUGGGCUAUAAAUACCUUUGGGUAGACUCACUCUGUGUACUACAAGACUCGAAGGAAGACAAGGAACGCGAAUGCGCAAGCAUGGCAUCCACCUUCCGCAAUGCGGCACUAACACUCGUACUUGACCAGCUGACCGGCGAUGGAGUCGGAGGCGAGAUUAUUGUCUCAGGCACGACUGACAAGACCAAUCUGACGUCCUCACAUGGAUUAACAACGGGCAAGAGUCCGACGUCAGGUCGACUACCAGCUUCUUCCUUGCUUCCAGCUGGCAUUCUGACAACGCCAAACUUCGGUUGGGAUACACGUGCAUGGGCACUACAAGACCGACUACUCAGUCGACGCUUCCUCCAUUUGGGCGAACAGUUGUACUGGGAGUGCAAUACCCUCAAGGCAUCCGAAACCUUCCCUCGCGGUCUCUCAGCACUAGUCUGGGAGAAGAUACAUACUGAGUCUGGCAAAGGCACGCAGUUCGAUACUGAUGGACAACGAGCCGCUAUUGCUACAGCCACGAGUCGCAGUGACAACUGCAGCAACAAAGCCCAGUUCAGCAUGAGCAAGGACCUCGUCUUCACGUCUGUCACGACGCCAGGCAGGACCUGCUACGACAAAGACCACCGAGAUGUUCGGGAGCCCGGCACCUUCGAUGCCAGCAUCGCCUGCCCCUCUUCAGACAGGCCGCCCCAGUUCAAUUGGAGAAACUGCGGAUAUCAUUGUGGAGAAGGAUGCGGGAAGGAUAGCGAGGGCCUAGAUGCCUGGGAAACCCUCACCUCCGAUGCCAGCACGGCCUGCUCUUCUGAGAGCAGCGAGCCACAAUGCACCCUCCCAUCAGCGAGCCGUCUACGCGAUUGCCAAUGGCUGAGGAAACAAGGCGAUGAUAUAGGACAAGGUACAGAAGCCGUACAAGCUACGCUCAAAGUCAAUGACGCCCAAGGGUCGCAAGUGACUUUGAACUAUCAACCUGGUAGGAAGAGGAGUGGGAGUCGUCGGCUCAACAAAGCUUGCUUCCAGACGAAGACACUGCCUGGUCAGAACCCAGGCGGAGGUAAUGGUAACGAUGAAGGAAUGGAAGAUGGUGAUGCGAUUGAGCGCGGGAAUUACAUUGCGCUAAGCAAUGGGGACGGGAUGGAGUAG